AUGAACGGCACCACCGACCCGGGCGGCUUCCUCGGCUCCCAAAGCAUCGGCGGCUUUGGCUACGGCAUCGGAGUCUCCGUGGGCAUCCUCCUCCUCAUCACCACCAUCACCCUCGCCUCCUACUACUGCACCCGCAGCGGCACCGCCUCUGCCGCUGCGGCCCUCCCUCUCCACAGCGGCCCCCAGGCGGCUGCGGGGAGUCCGGCAGAGGCCGGCAUCGAUGAGGCGACCCUGAAAAGCUACCCGAAGGUGCUGUACUCGGAGGCGAGGAGGGCCCACGGGGAGUCGUGCUGCUCCAUCUGCCUGGCGGACUACAGAGGCACCGACACGCUCAGGGUGCUACCCGACUGCGGCCACCUAUUCCACAUGAGGUGCGUCGACCCGUGGCUGAGGCUCCACCCGACGUGCCCCGUCUGCCGGACGUCUCCCAUGCCGACGCCGCUCAGUACACCGCUGGCGGAGGUCGUACCGCUAGCCACCAGGCCCAUCGGGUGA